GUGUGUGUGUGUGUGUGUGUGCCGCGGCCCAGCGUGCACGACAGCGGCGGCAGGCAGCACCACGCCGCCACCAUGACGCGGGACAGCAGACGCCGAAGGUCACGGACACGGUCUAGGAGCCUAGAGCGUCGGCGCUCCAGGGAGAGAGACCGUGACAGAGGCAGAUCACGACGGUCCCGCUCCAGAGAUCGUGACAGGGACCGUGACCGCGACCGCGACCGUGACCGUGACCGGCACAGGUCUAGAAGUAGGGACCGCAGAAGGUCAAGGUCACGUGACAGGCGUUCCAGAUCAAGGUCACGAGACAGAGACAGGGACAGAGACAGGAAGAGGAGCAGGAGCAGGUCAAGGGACAGAGACAGAAAAAGGAGUCGAAGUAGGUCAAGGGACAGGGACAGAGACAGAGACAAAGACAGAGACAGAAAAAGAAGCAAGAAGAGCCGCACUCCAUCCCCUCCCAAGGUGAAGCUCCUUCUCAACCCUCCGAAGCCUCAAGAGCCCGUCCCCGUAGCACCCAAGGAAGAAGAGGAGGUGCCGCUGGACUUUGACCCAUCAAAAGUAGAUAAGGAAGAAACAGAAAAACGCCUUGAAGCUGAAAUGCAAAAGAGGAGGGAAAGGAUUGAGAAAUGGCGAGCUGAGAAAAAGAAGAGGGAGUUGGAGGCAGCAAAGAAGGAGGCAGAGAGAGGGACUCUGGGAGCCAAUGUUCCUAAAGUGUCCAUUAAGGCAUGGAGUCUUGAGGAUGAUGAAGAAGAGGAAGAGGGAGAAAACAAGGAAGGAAAUGGGGAGGCAGAUGAGGUACUGAACAGGAUUGCUUACUUAUUGUAUUUUAAUUAA